AUGAUGAUGCACAUCAGCACAAAAUUCCCCCUGAAGAACCAUGUUCCCCAAGCGCACAGGUUCUUUGAAAUCGCCGACUACAACUUAAAGUUCAUCGUCAUGAACUAUGUUCCAGGGCCUUGUCUGGCUGAUGCUUGGUAUCGUCUCAAUGCUCUCGCACGAUAUAACAUGGCCUAUCAGUUCGCCCAUUGCGUUCGAUUGAUGCACGCGAAUGUUGCAAGCGGCAAGCCUGGUCCACCAGGAUAUAGCCGUUGUCUGGCAUUAUCACAUAACCCAUGGCCCCCCGAAUUUUGCCCGCACAUUGUGGAAUACGAAGCGUACCUCAAUGGUAUAAUAUGGAAGAUCAACCGCCACCGACCAUGGAGAACCCCUAUUUCAUACCUGUGGGGGACUCAGCUCGUUCUAACGAACAUGCAGCUUGAUCUCAGCAGUGCUGUUCUCGACCCUCGGCGCUCUUUGCAUAUUGUGGGUUGGGGAAAGGGUGGAUACUACCCGCCUGAGUGCGACUUAGGCAUAGCUGAGUAUCUACUACUUAACCCUCGCGAUAUCGGGAUCGUUAUGAUGGCAUUGAUAGACACCAUCCAGCACAAUGCAGAGUUCAGGUUGUCUGCGAAGGCGAUUGCUCAGUUCGUCGAUGGGGAGCUACACGAAGAUGACCCAGAAUCAUAA